AUGCACAGGACGGCUGGGCCAUCGCUCCGCGUGCCAGGCGUCCGGGACGGCCGGGUAUCGGCUCCGUACUUUGAGCCCUCUUGGGCCACCCUCGCGCGCGUCCACCGGCCGACAGAGCACCGCUUGGGCGACUCAGACGGCCCGCCCGACCAGCGCGUUCGAUCGUGCCGCCCCCACAGCGUCAGUGGCGUGCGUGGGGUGGCAGGCGGCGUCCGCGCAGCCCCUCGGGCGCAAGACGGCACGGCACGUUCAACGCUUGCCUCGGCCCACCUCGCCUUCACGCCCGCCACCGCGACCAAGGAGGUGGCCUCGGCGGCCCAGAUGAAGCCUGUGCGGCUCGUUUGGGAGCCGCAUGCCGUCCCUCUCUCGCCGGCGCUGCUCACCACGCCCAAGCCUACGCCGAGGAACCCAUCGCGCCCGUCGCUCACGAGCUGGUGGCUCGCAUCGACCGAGCCGUCCAGCUUUCUCACGCCCUGCCCACGAUCAAAUUCGAGACGACCAACAUCCGACCACAAAAAAGGCCCGCGCGUGCUGCGCGGGCCGGCGAGCGACUAG